AUGCUUACAAAAAAGGAGCAAGAUAUUGCAAAUGCCAUGCUACUUGUUGAAGUAGCAAAAAGAAGGUUGCAAGUUUUAAGGGAUGAUGAAUGGGACUCUCUUAUUGCUAAGGUAUCUACGUUUUGUAUCAAACAUGAUGUUUUGAUACCUAACUUUGAGGAGCCAUAUGUUAGCUCUUUAAGAUCACGACGAAAGCUUGCUAACUAUACAAUCUUACAUCAUUAUCGUGUUGAAGUCUUUUGCAAUAUUAUUGAUUGGCAACUUCAAGAACUUAAUGAUCGUUUUGAUGAAGUGACUACCGAUUUGCUCCAUGGAAUUGCUUGCUUAAAUCCAAUUAACUCAUUUUCAAGUUUUGACAUCAAAAAAGUAAUGAGAAUGGCGAAAUUAUAUCCGGAUGACUUUGAUGAAUCUAAUAUGAGUGCUCUUGAGAAUCAACUUGCAAGUUAUGUUAUUGAUGUUCGUGAUAUUGAUGAAAGGUUCUCCGGUCUAAAUGGGCUUUGUGAUCUUUCCAAAAGAUUAGUUCAGACAAAGAAACAUUCUACUUAUCCUUUGGUAUUCCGCUUAGUGAAACUUGCUCUACUUCUACCAGUUGUCACUGCCUCCGUUGAAAGAGCUUUUUCGGCAAUGAAGUUUAUCAAAAAUGACUUGCAGAGCCAAAUGAGUGAUGAUUUUUUUAGUGGUUGUUUGGUGCCUUAUUUAGAAAAAGAUGUAUUUGAUAGUAUUUCUAAUGAUGCUAUUAUUAAGACAUUUCAAGAUAUGAAACCUCGUAGAAUACAAUUGUAA